UUCAGUAGCAAAUUGUCGAAGCAAUGGAAAGGUUAAAAUUAUUUGAAAUCGAUUUAAUAUAUUUUUUGUUGGUGAUAUUCACAGGAUUUAAAGUAGUAUCGCCGUGCCAGCUGAAUGUCGAAAGUCCCUUGCCUAUAUUUACGAAGCAAUUUCUAACAAAAAAAAUUGUUUUCAAGCCACAUGGAGCAUCACUACAAUUACAACCUGGAGAGUCGAUUACGGCAUAUUGUAAUAUCGGGAUAAUGUACAAGUAUAAUCAAGCUUCUUCCAAUCGUUACGAUUAUAAUUUUAAUGGAAACGGGAUUCGCAAUCAAAAUUUAGAAGUAAAUACGGUAGAAGUCAUCUGUGAGGCAAACAACCAAAUUGGCAUUAAAGGCAAGCUGAGCUCCAGUUCUAAUCAGUUCACUAUUUACUGUGCAUCCCCAUCGACAUAUGAUCUUUAUGAAAGUAAAAAAGCUUUAACUAAUUGCGAAAACUAUGCGAAUUAUGCGAUCGGUGUACCGCUCCAGACAGCCGGGAUUGAAAAUGACAUCAAAGCUGGUAUCUGCUAUGAUCUUGAUAGAUUUGAACUUAAAUUUGUUAACUUUGUGGCGUAUUUGAAUAGCGACGUUGCCGUCUUUGACAAUAAUAAACAAACCAGUGAACUAUCCAUUGACCUGGACAAAAAGAUUAGUAGCCUCACAAACUAUUUUGCAUUCAUGAGUGACUCGACUUUUAACGAAUCUAGAGACAGCUUCCGAAUAGGGAAUAAACUCUUCAAUGCUUUCGAAUUCGAUUUAGCCAGUCUAUUUCAAGAUGAGCCUUUGAAUACUGAACUCAAAAAUUUCGCUUAUAUUUUCAAUAUAAUGUGGUGGCGUCAAUUGCGCCAACAAAACUGGCGCUACUUUCUCGAUGCGCUCCGCGCACGCACACAAGCCAGCAAGUAUCUCGUUUAUAUGGGCACGUAUGGCAAUGCCACCAUACCCGCGGCACAAGGUAAUUGCAGCUCAUUUCAAAGCGAAGUGGUGUCUGUGCGAAAAGAUAAAAAGGCUGUCUCAGCACCAGCAUAUAUCUGGAUGUACUUGAAGUCCUUAACACACGCAGAUGAGCAAGAAAUCGUGGUUAUUGCACACAAUUCGCCUUACGUGAUGGAGCCGGAACACAGUGAAUUCUGCAGUGUCGAUUUGUGCGACGAAGUUGAGUGGUUGAAAAGUAGUGCUUUCGGAAAUUUACGACGCUUGCCAACACUCGGCUAUACUUUCUGUUGCCGCCCUGAGGAGGUGGCCAAGGUUAUUGAUUAUUUCCCUCUGCCAGUCGACGAAAUCGAAAUAAGUUCGCUUACAAAAAACAACAGCAGUGCGGAAAAAGUUUAAUCGAAAGUGAUUUCACAAAAAAGUGUCUUAAACUCGUAUCGUAUAGAUUAUGUAUGUAUAUUCUUUUGAAAAAAUAAAGCUUGAGUAUAACAGGA